GAUCAGAUCAGCAGAACCUGAUCUACUGUCAGCCUGCGCCUCACACAACUCCAUGUGAAUGGCAAAAUGCGUCUGUGCUGGGAUGCUGUGAACUCUAAAGCGCUGCGCAUGGAUAAAUCAUAAGAAAGGACUGGAUUUAUCCUGCUGAACAUUUCAGAUUGGACAACAGUUUGUUCUGCACAUUCCACUGUGGAAGAUGGAUAGAUUUCUGCAUGGCACUAGUCGCUGAGAGUGGACUUCAGAAGGGCAACUGAACUGACCUGAGACGGAUUUUUUGGAUCUUCUGGUUGUGGAUGUAACAGACAUUUUAUCGGUCUCUUUUCGUCAGGCUUUAUCAUGACCUCUUUAACAGGAAAUAAAGACAGAUCUGGGACCAGGAGUAGAAAGCAUGGGAUGACCGAUUCAUCCCCUACGAAAUCAGCAUCAUUUUCUCCUGAAACCUGGUACCGAAAGGCUUAUGAGGAGUCCCGGAGCGCCAGCCGCCCGGUGCCCGAAGGUGCCGGCUCCAUGCCCGGGUCCUCUGGAACCCCUUCCCCCGGAUCAGGAAUAUCAUCCCCAGGGUCUUUCUCCGGCUCACCUGUUACUGUAUCUCCUGGGAUCAGCACCGGAUCGCCGGGUUCCUUAGGAGGGUCUCCAGGGUUUGGCACCGGUUCUCCAGCCUCGGGUAGCGGGAGCUCACCUGGCUCUGAUCGGGGGAUCUGGUGCGAGAACUGCAACGCUCGGCUGGUGGAGCUGAAGAGGCAGGCGUUAAAACUACUCAUUCCCGGACCCUACUCUAGCAAGGAUCCCUCGUUCUCCCUGCUGCUUCAUGAUAAGUUGCAGGUGCCCAACAGCACACGCAAGGCAUGGAAUGAGCGUGACGGUCGCUGUGACGUCUGCUCCACCCACUUGAGUCAACUGAAGCAGGAGGCCGUCCACAUGGUGCUAAAUCUGGAGCAGUGUGAUGUAUCUCCUGGCUCUCCUCCAUCCCUGGCCUCCCUGGUGGGAUCCCGCAGCAUCCCUCAGGGUCCCACACCACCCCGUGACUGGGCUUACCUCCCUACAGGCUACCACCACCCUUCAGCCACCUCUGCUACUGUUUCUGCCACCACAGCCAGUUCCACCCCAACAACAACCACCAAUGCGGGCAACAGUGGAAGCUCCCACCACCCAUCCUACCCCAAACACGGGCCCAAGCCCAACAGUCUGGGGGUGUGCAGUGGGGUGGAGAGGAAGAACAACUCACCUGGCCACUCUGGAAAGACAGCAGGACCACAACAGCCUCAUCUACCCAGCAGCCCUAACAACACUAAUGGAAAUGUGUUGAGUUCUGUUGCACUCCAAGCUCAUCAAUACCUAGAGGGGACCUGGACAUCUGGACACCUGUCAAGAGCCAAUGGUGUCACACUUUAUCCCUAUCAGAUCUCUCAGAUGGUGUCGGAGGGCAACCGGGAGGGUCUCAAUGAAGCUGCGCUGAACCGCUACAAUGCAGACCGUCCCACUGCGACUCCUGCUCCUGCCCCGGCCACCACAGCGCCCUCCAGUGGCACCUCCGCUGCUGCGUCCUUCUUUGCCAGGGCUGCCCAGAAAUUGAAUCUGUCUUCCAAGAAGAAGAAGCAGCAGCGUCCUGCUCCUCCUGUGGCAUGUGAUCCUCCACUUUUUCCCACCAACUUCAGUGGCAUCCUGCAGGUGUCUCCACCCCCUGCUCCACCCUGCCUCUUACGAGCAGUCAACAAAGUCAAAGACACCCCCGGCAUGGGCAAGGUUAAAGUGAUGGUGCGUGUAUGUCCUUCAUCGCCCGCCAGCACCGCAGAGUCCAGCUCCUUCCUGAAGGUCGAUUCUCGUAAGAAACAAGUGACCAUCAUGGAUCCAGCGGCUAAUUCUCAGCAGAAUCAAACUCAGAAACGCGCCAGCUCCAAUCAGGCUCCUCCAAAGAUGUUCGCGUUUGAUGCUGCCUUCUCCCAUGAUGCCUCACAGGCAGAGGUUUGUGCAGGAACUGUGGCUGAGGUCAUCCAGUCUGUGGUCAAUGGAGCAGACGGCUGUGUGUUUUGCUUUGGACACUCUAAACUAGGCAAAUCCUACACUAUGAUCGGCAAAGACGACACCAUGCAGAGUUUAGGGAUCAUCCCGUGUGCCAUCUCCUGGCUCUUCAAACUGAUCAACGAGUGCAAGGAAAAGACAGGUGCUCGUUUCUCUGUCCGAGUGUCCGCUGUGGAGGUCUGGGGUAAAGAUGAAAACCUGAAAGAUCUGUUGUCUGAGGUGGCCACAGGCAGCCUGCAGGAUGGCCAAUCUCCAGGAGUUUACCUUUGCGAGGACCCCAUCUGCGGCAUGCAGUUACAGAAUCAAAGUGAGUUGCGCGCACCCACAGCAGAGAAGGCCGCUUUCUUCUUGGAUGCAGCCAUUGCUUCACGUUACAGCAGUAAGCCAGACUGUGAUGAAGAGGAGCACCGUAACUCUCACAUGCUCUUCACCCUCCACAUCUACCAGUAUCGCAUGGAAAAGACCGGCAAGGGUGGAAUGUCAGGAGGCCGGAGCCGUCUGCACCUCAUCGACCUGGGCAGCUGCGUGAAGGUUUUGAGCAAGAUACGUGACAGCGCUACAGGCCUCUGCCUCUCUCUGUCUGCCCUGGGGAACGUCAUAUUAGCCUUAGUCAACGGCAGCAAGCACAUCCCCUACAAAGAUAGUAAGCUUACCAUGCUGCUACGAGAGUCCUUGGGAAACAUGAAUUGUCGCACCACCAUGAUAGCCCACAUUUCCUCAUCACCUAACAACUUUUCAGAGACACUCUCCACCCUUCAAAUUGCCUCUCGAGUUCUUAGGCUGAAGAAAAAGAAGGCUAAAGUUACCAUGCAAUACACAUCCAGUUCCUCUGGUGGUGAGAGUUCAUGUGAGGAAGGAAGAAUGCGUCGCCCAACCCAGCUGAGAACUAUUCAUUCUAGAAAUGUUGUUGAUUCAGAGAUGCCCCUGCUACACCUUGCUAGUGAUCCUGAAGACUAUUCCAGCAGUGAGCAGUCAUGUGACACAGUUAUCUAUGUGGGUCCAAAUGGAUCAGCCCUCUCGGACAAAGAGCUUACAGACAAUGAAGGUCCUCCAGAGUUUGUUCCUAUCAUUCCAUCUCUUCAUAAAAAUAAAGCAGACCUUGGCAAGACUUCUUUGACAUCAGAACCACCUCAAAUGGUGGUAACCCCACUAGCUCAGGCCUCACAGUCUGUCCAACCCUUGCAAACAAUUCAUUCACAGCCACUUCCACCUUUACCAGAGGAAAGUGCUGAAUCGGGUAAGAAAGAGAAAGACUGUCUUAAAUGUAACACUUUUGCAGAGCUACAAGAAAGGCUGGAGUGUAUUGAUGGUAAAGAAGAAGUUACAAAUUUCCCCUUUGAAGAAGCCCCUGCCAACAGAGCUGUCAAAAAUGAAUCUGGUCAAGUCGCUAAAGGGGGUGAGCAAUCUAGUUCUCCCAAGAGGAUCUCUGAUCAACAACUGGAGGAGAUUCGUGAGGUGGUUGAAGUAGCAGAGAUUGCUCAGUCAAUAAUUGAAAGCUUGACACAGUCUUCGAUAGGCAGUUGUGGACUCUCCAGCAGCAGAAGUGUGAUUGGAAGCAGUGGUAUUGGGCAAUUAAUCCCUCUUCAGAGAGCAAAGAGCUCCAGUUUACAUGACAGCAGAGAAUCCAUCAGUGGUGGGAGCAGCAGUGAGAGUAAACCUCGUCCUAUGGGCUCUCCACGAUUGGGAAUUGCCAGUCUUACUAAAACUUCAGAGUACAAACCGCCAUCUUCUCCCUCUCAGCGCUGCAAAGUUUACACUCAGAAAGGAGUAAUGCCUGGCACACCACCACACUCCUCACAAAACCUUAAUCUAGACUCUCGAAAGUCAUCUACAGAAUCUUUACUUAAUCCAGAGUCUAGAACCUCUCCAGUGGGAAUGAGCCCACAGGUGCUAAAGAGAUCCUCAUCCUCCAAUAGUCUCGGAUCAGCGGAGACCUUGUUUGAUGAUGUUCCCCAGCUACCUUUAGACAAUAAGGAUGCAAAGGACACCACAGCCACAGUUAUGCUGGAGCAUCCUUUAGAACCCAAUGGAGAAGAUGAGCUGGUGUUCACCUUGGUGGAAAAGCUCACAAUUAGUGGGGUCAUGGAAAAUGGCAGACCAACCAGUAUUAUCAGCUUUAACAGUGACUGUUCAGUGCAGGCCAUGGCAUCAGGUUCAAGGCCUGUUAGUAUCAUUAGCAGCAUGAGUGAAGAUCUUGAACAUUACAGCACUGCUCCCUGCACUACCACUGCCAGUAUCUCUCAAGUCAACAUUUCUAAAUUCCUGCCUCUCAGCAGGAUAGAAGGGGAUGUCCAGGCUAGUCGACGUUCUUCAAUCAGCUCAUGGCUAAGUGAAAUGAGUGCUGGCAGUGAUGGCGAUCAGUCAUGUCAUAGUUUUGUUGCCCAACAGUGCUUUGGACAAGGUGAGGCACUCGCCGAAGAUAAACUUUUGGAAAUUCAAGAGGAAGGAGAAACUGAAGGUCACCCUGAGUCAAAUGUCCAAAAGAUCUCAAACAAAGAACCUGACUCCAAUAAAACUGAAAUGAAUGACAAAAUCCCAACUACAGAACACAAACUAGACAAGCUGUCUUCCACCUCAAGCGGCUAUGUUCCUUUUAAGACCAAUAUCACGACUCAUCCAUGUGCUGCAGUUAAACCAAUGGUUGUGCAGAACCUACUAACCAAAACCCACUCAGUCAAUGAUCCCAAAUCCACACCUGUUCCAAUCUCAAGUGAAAUAACAUUUGAUGACCCUUGGAUGAAGAGGGAGGGCAGUGAAGAGACCAAGCCAUUGGAAAUGGUCUGUGACGUUAACUCAGAAAAGCGAACAUCUGAAUCUGUGAAAAGGAAAUGCCAAGUUGACAAGCACAGCUCUGGUAGUGAAGCAUCAUGCUCUGAUUCCAUGAACCGGGUGGUGGAUGGUUGUGAGAUGAUUUUUAAUGCAUCUGAAAGCAUAACUCAAGUGUACUCUGCAGACAUCCUCAGGACAGGUAGUCUACCUCGUGCAUGGCAUCGCUUAAACAAGCAGGACGAUUUGGAAGACUCUACAUACCGCUACUUGAGUGGGGAGUAUAAAAGCCUCGGAGUUACCACCUCCACCCCCUGCAGUCCAAGAGCCACACUUGAAAGAAGAAGUUCAGCAGGGAGGCAAGGUAUCUUUGCUCGCCAAAAGGGAAUCCCACCAUUGCCACCUAUAAGGAAGUCUAGUCUUGACCAAAAGAACCGAGCAAGUCCACAGCAUAAUUCAGGAAAUGCUCAACUUCUUGCUUUCCUUGGAAGCACACCUGAAGAUAUGGGUAGUAAACAUAAAGGACCAAAUGUAGAAAGCAGCAGACUCUUUAGUGCUAAACUUGAGCAGUUAGCAAACAGAACCAAUUCCUUGGGGAGGUCCCAUGGGGCACAUUAUGACUGUCAUUCCUUGGAGAGGGCUGAAAGUUUGACCUCUUUGGGCUCUAAAGUAGGGGUCACAAAAGACAGUACCAUGCCAAGGACAGGUAGGAGCAUCAACCGUGGUUUGCUGUCAUCACCCAUCAAUGGACCAAAUGGCAGCAACAAUAUACCUCAAUCACCCAAAACUAGUCAAUCCAAAAUUUCGGCAGUUAGCAAACUCCUUAUGGCAAGCCCAAAAGCUCGAAGCUUAUCAACGUCUAGCACUAAGACCCUAAGUUUCUCCACCAAGUCCCUCCCACAGUCAGUAAACCGAAGCUCCAGUUUGCCCCCCAAUGGAAAGAAUCAGAAUCAAAAUUCAUGGUCAACCCAGUCUCUGAGUCGUAGCAGGGGUACAGGGUUAGCAUCAAAGUUACCUUUGAGAGCAGUGAAUGGACGAAUCUCUGAACUUUUACAAGGUAGUGCAAGCUCUCGCACAAACCAAGGACGAGGGGCUUCGGACACAGAAGAUAGAGGAGCAGCAGUCAAAGGAGAGGAAAAGCCAGUGGUCCAUACUCUGCCCUCACCAUACAGUAAGAUCACUGCCCCAAGAAGGCCUCACCGUUGCAGCAGCGGGCAUGCUAGUGAUAACAGCAGUGUGCUAAGUGGAGAGCUUCCUCCCGCCAUGGGAAAGACUGCCUUAUUUUACCACAGUGGUGGCAGCAGUGGCUAUGAGAGUAUGAUACGAGAUAGUGAGGCCACAGGAAGCACAUCAUCUGCUCAGGACUCAAUGAGUGAAAACAGCAGUUCCGUCAGUGGUCGCAGGAGUCUAAAGAAUUCAAAGAAAAGAAGUAACACAGGGUCCCAGAGACGCCGUCUAAUCCCUAACCUCUCCUUGGACACCUCCUCUCCUACAAGAAAACCAGUCAUCAGUCCUGGGGUACGCUGGGUGGAUGGUCCCCUUCGGCCCACACAGAGGGGAUUAGCUGAACCUUUUGAGAUUAAGGUGUAUGAGAUUGAUGAUGUUGAACGUCUACAGAGGAGGCGAACCAUAGGAAACAAGGAAGUGGUAUACUUCAGUGCCAAACUCAAGAUCUUGGAGCAUCGGCAACAGAGAAUCUCAGAGGUGCGUGCCAAGUAUGAUUGGCUGAAGAAAGAACUGGAGCAAACCAAGCAACACCUAAUGCUGGAGCCAGAGAAAUGGACCACUGAAUUUGACCUUCAGCAGACGUUUGAAGUGGACUCUCUAGAGUACUUGGAAGCUCUGGAGUUUGUGACAGAACGACUGGAGAACCGGGUCAACUUCUGCAAAGCUCAUCUGAUGAUGAUCACAUGCUUUGACAUCACCUGUCGGCGACGGUAAAAGAUUGGCCAAGUAUUAAGGAUAGUUGGAAGUGGAAAAGGCUCAGCUGGCUGUAUGUGAGCAAAGUUGAAGUUCAUCACUACAGUGAUGGCUGAAAUGAAUGGGGAAUAUAUAAAGGCUUAAUAUUUUUUCUAAAAUGGAUUUAGGUGGGAAACACAAAACGCUGGACUUUGUUGGCGAACAUGUAAAAAAAAAUGUUGUCCCACAAACCUGGAUGAGCACUUUGGAACUUCAGAAUUGCUUGCGUAAAUGGCUUGCUGUGAACAAACGAAUUACAUUGCCAUAUGUGGAGAACAGAACAAACUGUUAAAGAAGAUGAAUGGGAAAAAAACAGAACAAAAAGGACGACAAGUGCCUUGUGAACACUUCAAUAUCUUGGAAAUCUGCAGAACAAAAAAAAAAAUCCAUAUUUGUGUACAGAUGGUGCUAGUAAAAAAAAAAAACAUGCAUACAAACAUUUAAAAAGUAACCAAGAAAAAGAAAACACUGCUUGUUCAACUGUGUGUUUAAUCUCUUUUAGAUUCUGUCUCAGUAUUUGUAUUGUUAUACACUAGUCAAAUUCAACAUGAACUGUUACGUGUGUUUUAUAUUCAUUUUUUUGUAUCCUCGGACACAUUGAGACCACACAGAGCGUUUCGUAUUCGAUGAAAUAGCACAGCAUGAUACCUAGAAGAAUGAUUCUGGCAUUGGCUCAUUGAUUUUUCACCUCCCCUGCGGUUAUGUUGGCAUUUUCAGCUGUGUGACGCCUCCGGUGGUGCCGCUCCAGUGUCACGGUAUAGAGGCGAGAAGAAUCCUCAGUCUGGCAGGACCAACAAGGAUCUUUAAUAUCGAUAAAACAUAGGCUUUUUGAUGCAUGCCAACUUUCUUAAAAGUAAAUACUUUCCCAAUAUAACGUUUGAUCAUCAGAUACAGCAUUUCAUCUGUUGUAUGGUGCAUAUGUCAGCUCAUCUGCCUUCUCUCUGUGUGGUCUCAUUGUCAGAGUGCUGACACUUUGGUAUAAAUCUGUUUAUAUAUACACUAUAUAUAUGGUGCUUGAGACAGUUUCAGCUCUAAACGUUUCUAGAUGAGUAUAUAGCCUGUUUUUGGUACUAACUAAAGACUUCAUACGCUUUUUUCCAUUCCUGCUUCACUCCCUCACCCUUGCCAAAGCAAACGGGAAGUGACAUUCUUGUUACCCUUUUGACUUUUUGGCAUUGUAAUGAAUGAAGGAUAUUAUUUAUUUUUUACCUCAGGAGGCCUGUAUGACAGAGAUGCUUAUAUUCUAUAAUUUAUUUAGCCUGCAAAGCACUAUGCAUUAAAAUUGUACAGUAGCUAAAUUCAUGCCAUAUAUAAAUAUGAAAUAUAUAUUUCACUUUUGUUCUUCUUUAUAUAUUAUAUCGUUUUUGUUUGUUUCGCAUUUCUAUCACCAAAUCUUGGGAGAUGAGAUAACGCGCAAUUUUUCACGUUUAUUCAUGUUUUUUCAUCACAACCUGUCACGUCCUGAUACAUUGUGUGAUAUGAAGUACAAUGUGAAACGAAUAUCGUCCUAAAUGCGUUUUAAUGUUUACUAACAUUAUUGCGAAACUAAGACCUCGCCUCCUUUCAUUAGGUCAUGUGAAUAGAAAGGAAAAAGAAAAAAAAAAUGUAAUAAAAAAUGAGUGUAGCAGCCUGAUCUCACGAGGAAACGUAACUAUUUUGCAUAUUAAAAGUGGCUAAUUCGAACAAAUUCAUACAAAUUCAUUCAGUCACCCCUAAAACCCUAAACAGAAAUCGAAUGUAAUGGUGGAGUAUGCCAAUUUUAGUCACAUUAUUAGUGAAGUGCAGUACAGAUAUGUAAAUAUCUUAAUUAAACUAUUACCGUCAUGUAGGACUUUCGCCACAUUUUGCGACAGGAUAGUCUAUACACAUGCGGCUGUUUGAAAAAACCCAGCAGGUACAGAUUAGAUUUAGGUCAUGACGUCAGGUGACCAAAAUUCAAUGUCUAGCCAGAGUCUAAGGUCAACGUUAUUUUGACGUCCAAUACCGACAUCAAAUUGUUGAUGUUUGGUUGAUUUUCUGUUAUGAUUUUAAGUGACCAAAAUCCAACGUCUUAUAAAUGUCACAGGGGUAACGUUCACACAACGUCAAGGUGUAACAUAGACGUUGCUAUUUGAUUGAUUUUAGGUUGGAUAUUGACGUCGGCCUGAUGUUGGGUUCUAAUGUCAACCCGGUUUUCAUUUCUGAACAAAAUACAAUGUCCCCACGAUGUGGGGGUACAACAUCAAUAUGACAUCAAAAUGUGCCAAAAGCCUACAUGUCAAUAAUAGUUUGAAUGCGGUGUUUACAUGUCUGUACUGCACAAUGCGACUAAAAUCAGCAUGUUCCACAUCUUAAUUCGAUUUCUGUUUAGUUCGAUUAUGACCUUAAUCGGAUUAAAUUAAUCAAAUAUAGCUGUUUACAUCGUAGACUCUUAAUCAGAGUAUUGUCUUAAUCGUAUUAAAAUCAGAUUAUUGGUGUCCAUGUUAACGCACUCAUUGUUGUUCUUAAAGUGGAUAUUUAAUCUGUGCAAUUGGUUUUGGUAAUCUUCAAUCAAAAUCUGACUAUUUGUUUCCACAUUUGGAGUGGAUGUCCUUCUGUUGACGUCAACCUGAGGGUUUCCAUAACAACUGUAUAUUAACAACAUUAACAACGCCCCUAUUACCGUUAGUUUGCUAUGAGAGAAUGAUAUCCAAAAUAAAGCCCCGUCCCAACUCAAUAUAUUACCGUUAGUUUGCUAUAAGAUAAUGAUAUGCAUAUUAAAGCCAUGCCCCAACUCAAUAUAUUACCAUUAGUAUGCUAUGAGAGAAUGAUAUGCAAAAUAAAGCCCCGCCCCCUACUCAAUAUAUUAACGUUAGUAUGCUAUGAGAGAAUGAUAUGCAAAAUAAAGCCCCGCCCCCUACUCAACAUAUUAUUGUUGGUUAGCUAUGUGAGAAUGAUAUGCAAAAUAAAGCCCCGCCCCCUACUCAGUAUAUUACCGUUAGUUUGCUAUGAGAGAAUGAUAUGCAAAAUAAAGCCCCACCUCCUACUCAAUAUUCUGAUUCAGUUGGAAGUAUAUAAACAUACUGGAAUAUAAGUCCUCAGCAACUUCCGGUUCCCGCUGACUUUAAAUGUACAAAUUAAUACGAAUUAGCCACUCAAUCAAAAAGCUACGAGUUGCCGUGAGAUUGCGUUGAGUCUAGACAUUACAGAUGCAUGAUGGAAGAUGGAACGAGUUGUCAACAUAUUGCUUCAUGUUAAUAAUGAGACAGUCGGCAUGAUUUCUUGUUGUAUGGGGAAAAACAUGAGUCCGAAUGAGUUCGAUUGACAUACGGUCUGAUGUAAAUAAAGGAUGUUUUGAAAGCUUCA